AUGACUAGUGAUGAAUCAAAUUACUAUAACGAUACCUGUGAUUCUAUGGAUAGCACAGAUGAAAGUCAAUUACUUACUAGUAGUACCGGAAUCAGGUCUGAUGGUUCGUUGCCAAGAUUGGUGAUUGAUAGACAAAGCUCUGUCAUUCUAGCUAAUACAGGAGAACGAGUCCAUCGUUCCGUCUCAUUUUCAAAUUCACAAGAUACAUCAUCAGAAACAGAGUCUUUAUUUCUGUCAAAUGGGAUUUUAUAUCAAAGAUUAGUUGUUCCAAUGUUGCGUGUUUAUCAUAACGAAGUAUUUAGAAAUGUUUUCAAAUGUUCCAUGGCUUAUUUCUUGGCAUCAUUAGGGGUCUAUUAUACUCCCUUUGACGAGUUUCUUGGAUCUACCGACUCUAAGCACGUUGUGGCAACAGUUGCUGUAUACUUCCAUCCUUCGAGGACAAAAGGUUCCAUGACACAAACUUUAAUGUUUGUGGUGAUUUCCAUAGUGUACAGUUUUACAGUGUCUCUUGGAUGUCGAGCGAUAUCAGCUUAUUUCUAUCGUGGAGGGAAAGAUGAAUUUAGCCAUUUCAUUGAUCUAAUUAUCAGCUCGAUCUCAUUGGGUGUUAUAUCAUUUAUGAAACAAAAGGUAAAUAAGCUAACCUUUAACACAGCCUGCUCGUUAGCAUGUAUAUCUAUUGUUGCCUGCAUUGUCAAAGAAGGUAGUAUAAAUUCAGAUAAUAUACCGCUACCAAGAAUUGAAUCUACGUUUCAAGUUGUAGUGAGCGGUUGUAUAAUUUCCGUUGCGUGUUGUUAUUUCAUUUGGCCCGUGAGUGCUGUUAAGAAAUUGCAGAAAACAUUAAACGACUCCUAUGAUAUAUUCUCACAAGUCAUAUCAAUAUUAGUCAGAAGAUUUGUUGCAGGUGAACAAUUUACACCAGUGGAUGUUGAGAUGAUUGAAAAACUAAAGACUAAUAUCAAAUCUUUAUCCCAGUAUCUUGAAGAAGCAAAAUACGAGUUGUUUGUUAUUGGGAAAGAAGAGGAAUGGAUGUUUUUUGAAAAAUUGGUAAAGUCAACUGUUUCAUUAGCACGACACUUGCAAGCUUUGAGCGCCGCCACCCGAAUGCAGUGGACAUUGUUGCACGAAGAAAAUAUUAUUAGUGAUACACCCAGUUUACGGAGCUUUGUAACUGAUGAUAUUCACCUCUCGCCAUCGGUGCUAAAUAUGACACAUUCAAUGCCCCAGCCAUUGCAAGAUGAAGCACACAAUUCUUUGCAACUAUUUGACUUGUUUGUACAACACCUUGCACCUUCUAUUAAAUCCUUUGUGUUCACGAUUAAAGGAGUGUUGAGAGAAGUUCCCUUUGAAAAUUUUAGUGAGGAAAAUCCAAGUAGGUUUGCUUCUACCACUACAUUGCAAUACUCAUUAGACAGUGCAAUUAGAUUGUUUGAAGAAAAGCAAGAACAGUCGUUUGAUAAGUUGUAUGGUCAAAAGAUCUUUAAGCAAAAUCUGGAUUUUGACUUUAAAGCUGAUCAAGAGGAGGUCACAGCAUGUUGUGGAAAUUUUUCGUCUUUGUUGUCUCAGUUUGGGUCUGAGCUAUUACAAUUUAUUAAACUUUGCGAUCGCUACGAUGAUAUUGCUUCCAGUUCUAGAACCUGGAGAUGGUUAAGAUUUUGGGAAAGAACGAGUGAACCCAAGAGAUCCAUAGAUAACAGUUUACAUGCAGCAGUAGAUGAUUUACGUGAACAGUAUGGGUUGGGGUCAUUUAAAACCCCUGAGCGUGGUUCUUUUGCUCUGCAAUUGGGCUAUAGUAUUUGGAAAUUUUUGAAAGUCUUUAAACGAACUGAUGUGCAAUUUGGUAUUCGGGUUGGUUUAGGGGCUGCUUGUAUUUCGGUGUUUGCUUUUAUUCCUGCCACCAAAGGCAUUUUCAAUGUUUGGAGAGGAGAGUGGGCGUUGACGAUUUACUGCAUAAUGAUGAAUAAAUCUCUAGGUGGAACAACAAUGACUGUGAAAUGGAGAAUUAUAGGUACAUUUCUAGGUGCAUUCACAUCAUUUGUUGUUUGGAAAAUAACCGAUGCCAACGUCUAUGCGUUAUGUUUGACAGGGGUUUUGAUCUCGAUUCCGUCGUUCUAUAUCAUCAUGUAUUGGAAGAAAAAUAAUGCGUUUGGAAGAUUUAUCUUAUUGACUUAUAACUUGACGGCCUUGUAUUCUUACAGUAUGAUUCAAAAGGAUUCUGAAGACGACAAUGAAGGUGGAGAUGACCCAAUUAUUGGAGAAAUUGCGUUCCAUCGAUUUAUUGCUGUGUCUGUUGGUAUUAUGUGGGCAUUAACUAUGGCGACGUGGUUUCUACCAAAUAGUGCAAGAGUCAGGUUGAAAAAUGGGUUGUCUGCAUUGUGGCUAAGAUUGGGUGUGAUAUGGAAUAGUGAUCCUUUGGAAUUUGAUCCUGACACGAAACAACUUGUUGGGUUUAAGGCUGAGGAAGGUACAAAUAAACUACUUGCUGAAUGUGAAACGUUGUUGAAGCAAGCUCCGGUUGAAUUUAGAUUAAAGGGUGCCUUUCCAUCUCAUAUAUAUUCGAAAUUGAUCAAGGAUACGUCUGCCAUCAUUGAUGCUUUCCAGAAUUUGGAUUUGUUGAUCAAGGUUGAUCCCAAAUUGAGUCCCAGUGAAGAGUUUGUUUUCAAAUACAUUGAAAUUGAACGAGAAGAGGUCGAGCAAAGAAUAUUUUUAGUGUUUUAUAUGCUUGCUAGUGCCAUGAAACUAGGAUUCCCGAUACCCAGUAAGCCUGCAUCAAUUGAACAUGCUAAAGAUCGAAUGUUGUACAAAUUAAGUAGCAUCAGACAACAACAGGAAGAGGAGUUGGUUUUGAAAAAUGCUGACUUUAUUUUAUUGUAUUCGUAUAUAUUAGUGGCUACUACAAUUGCAGAACAAUUAGAUAGAAUUAUGGUUCAACUAAAAGAGUUAUUGGGAGAGAUUUCAGAGGAUAUCUUUCAGUUGGUUUGA